AAAACAAAAGCAUAGAGAAAUGAACCGUUGAACUAUUGAAGUCGGUGCGGGCCCCACUUUCUCUCUCUCUCUCUCUCUUAAUCCCCAUUCUUCAUACACCGAACCACACGCAACAAACACUCAAUAGUAGUGCUUCUUCACUUCUUCCAUUCUCCGCCACCGCCACCACAACUACCACCACGGAUGGCGGCGACGGCGACGGCGACGGCGGAAGCGAAAACCUACUGGUGCCACGAGUGCGACAUGAGCGUGUCCCUGACUCUCCCACCCUCCCCUCUCCUCUGCCCUCACUGCCACACCCACUUCCUUGAACUCAUGGACUCCCCAAGCCUCUCCCAAGAAAACGACGCCGAAUCAUCCCUCUUCGAUGUCGUUUUUCAAGACGCACUCUUACUCCUCAACCCUAACCCUAACCCUAACCCUAAGCCACUUCCCUCCAAACCCCUUCCCCUCCCCUCCCUCCACGUCACCCCCUCCCUCCUCUCCUCCCUCGACCCCAACGGCGUCGUUCUCUGCGCCGUCUGCAAAGACCAAAUUACCCUCAACGCCCAAGCCAAACAAUUGCCCUGCCAACACCUCUACCACUCCGAUUGCAUCACGCCGUGGAUAGAACUCAACUCGUCGUGUCCGCUAUGCAGGUUUCGGUUGGAGGAAGAAGAGGAGGAAGGUGGUGACGCCGACGCUGACGCCGACGCCGUUAUGACGGAGAUCAGGAGGGAGAUCAUUGCGAGGCUGACGGAGCUGACGGAGGAGGAUUUCUACGGGCUCAGGACCACGCUCAGCCACAUUGCCUCGCGCCACGCGCUCAUCGAAGAGAACCAGAAUCAUCGCGCGCAGAUUGGCGAGCCUCGCGGCGGCGGCGGUGGAGGUGGCGGCGAUUCGGCUUGCUGAUAACGACGUUUACAAUAAGGUAUAUAGUUUAUUAAAUAAUGUUGAAGUUGUAUCACCAUAGAUCGUCUUAUCAAGUGUAAAUCUGCACCGACGAUUAUGCUGCUUUUGUUCUUUUCCCUCCUUUUUUGGGAAUCUCCAACUAGCUAGUUGUAGUGCUAUAGCCAAAAAUACAAUAAAUUUGAUGGAGUGCACGAGUAAUGUGCAUUUCUCCUCCAUCUUCCACUCUCUCUAUGUUGGUCACUUGGUCUUGGAACUGGAUUUCCUUACCCAAAUUUCCCUUCCAAUUUAGGCAAUAAAAUCUUGUGUAAAACUUGGCUUUCUUUUGUGCUGUGUCUGAAUUGUCCAAGUGGAUGAUGGAUCCUUCCCACUGAAUCAUUUUGUUCACAAUUUUGUUUUUUGUUAUGGAUUUACAGUAGAUGAUAUUUUUUCCUGCCAAUAUUGCUGUAGUUAUGGUAUGAGAUUGUUGAGGGAUUGAAUCAUUUGAGUGUGGAUGUGUACUAUUGAAUAGCCUUAAAAUGCAUAUUUUGUUGUGGUGUGUAAGUUUUGUUCUGAUCUUUACUCAUGUAAUGAAUGCAGCUGGUUAAUUA